AUGCUUACCUUUCUCAACCGUUGGAUGAAGAUUAUCGCCCCAAACAGACCAAAGUCCCGCUCGACGAGAGCAUCUUCUCCGGCCAAGAUGUCAGCCCCAGCAAGCGAUGUGCCCAGCACGCACCUGACUUCUCCUGCGCGUCUCCGCAAGAUUGAUCUUCUCCGUGACAAGAAUAUCGGAAAAUAUUUUCCCAUCCCCCAGCUUGUGGCGGUCGGCGACCAGAGCUCCGGAAAGUCCUCCCUCCUGGAGAGCCUGACCGGCAUCCCCUUCCCGCGCGGCCAGGAACUAUGCACUCGCUACGCCACCCAGAUCACGCACAGGCGCGAGAGCGAGUCUUUCAUUACCGUCAGUAUCAUUCCAGGGCCCGGUGCUUCCGCAAAUGAGAAGGCGACCCUGGAGAAAUUCCACAUAUCUGUUUCGACCACCGCCGAGCUGCAUGACCAGCUGCCCACCAUCUUGGAUCAAGUCAACGAGCUCAUGGGCAUCCGCACUCCCAAUAACCCGAACGGCACCAAGACAUUCUCCGAAGAUGUCCUCAAGAUUGAAAAGUGCGGCCCAAAUGAGGACUACCUCACCGUCAUUGACGUCCCCGGCAUCUUCCGCAUCACCACGGACAACGUCACGACGGAAGCCGACAAAGCCAUGGUCCGCAACAUGGUCGAAAACUACAUCCGCGAUGACCAGACCAUCAUCUUGGCCGUGCUUCCCUGCAACGUUGACAUUGUCACGCAGGAGAUUCUGGCCCUGGCAGCGAGAUAUGAUCCUACUGGUCAGCGCACUCUCGGCAUUCUUACCAAGCCCGAUUUGGUGAGCGAGAGAAGCGCCCAAAGUGUUGUUUGCAGCCUAGUCCGAGGUGAAAAGCGGCCUUUGAACCUGGGCUACCACCUCGUUCGGAGUCGAGGCGGUGAUGACGACGGAAACGCGCUUGGUGAUGACGAGAGAGACGUCCUGUUCAAAUUUGAACCCUGGUCUGCACUUCCAUCCGACAGACUUGGCGUCGUCGCCCUCCGUCAGCGCUUGCAGCAUCUUCUGGGUGAUCUCACAGACAAGGCGUUUCCGAAGCUUCGCUCAGAGGCCCGCCAGAUGCUUCACAAGGCCCAGGAAGAGCUGAACAAUUUGGGCCAGUCCCGACAGAGCAUCCAGGACCAGCAGCAAUUCUUGGCGGAUAUUGCCAGCGAGUUCCAAUCUCUGGUUCGCGCGGCCUUGAGUGCAGAUUAUUCUUCCCAUCCUGUCUUUGAUCAGGACAAGUUUCGUCUCAUCACCAAAGUUCUGAAUGCCACCGACGACUUCAAAGCCGACUUCAACAUGUCGGCGCAUACCUACGAGUUUUUCAAGCCCAACGAGGAAGAGUAUGAUGAAGACCGACCCAAAUUCGCCCACGAGGAGAUGUCGCUUGACAACUUUCCGGACCUGGACAGUGUCAUUGUGCGUGAGCACGUCGACAGGCCGCCGGAGCGGGGCAUCAUGAACUGGAUCAGGGGCCUUCAUCACCGCUCUCGAGGAACCGAGCUCAUCUCGUUCAACCCUACCUUGUUCGCCACUGCGCUGCGGCAGCAGACGUCCACGUGGGAGGCGCGAGCAGAGUACUACGUGAGCCGCGUCAUUUACAUGAUCCACGACUUCAUCGUGAGCGCCAUAGAGGAGGUUUGCUCUGACAAAAAGGUCCGAGACGAGCUCAUGUCGCAAAUUUUGGAAGGUACUCUGGCAAGGUACCAGGCCGGUCUCGUGCAAGCGCGGUUUCUUGUAGGCGUGGAAAGAGAUGGCCACCCGUACACUCUCAAUGAAUUCUUCCGCACCAAGCUCGCCGACCUGCAGAGCUCCAGGAUGGAGACCGAGCUGAGCGACAAGAUAAGGAGGGUCUCCUUUGGCAAUGAGGGUGAUCGAGUAGGUGUCAUUUCCUUCAAGGAUGUCCAGGUCACAUUGCGAGAUAAAGACGGCGGCAAGUACAUUGCAGAGGAAGUCCACGACUUGAUCAAGUCGUACUACGAGGUUGCCCGCGACCGCUUCAUCGACAACGUCUACUUGCAGUCCAUCACCCACAGUCUCAUCUCCGGCGCCAACAGCCCUCUGGCCUUGUUCUCGGGCCGAUGGGUACUCGCUCUGGAGCCAGAGAGACUCGAUGCCAUUGCCGGUGAAUCCUUUCAGAGUCGCGAGCAGCGGACGAGAUUGAACCAGAGAAUAAAGGACCUGACCGAGGCCGUGGCGAUUCUUCGUUGA